UCUGGUUACGUAUGACGAAAGUCAACUGAGUCGGAAAGAGCUGCUCACAACUGGAUUAGAAAAUAAUUCCAACAAGUACGUUGCGGAUAAUUGUUAACACAAGGACAAUUUGACGACCUCUUAAAAUAUUAUGGACGACGAUUUUGAAGAUAGGAUUUUAUAUCAGGCAUAUGUAUCACAUAUGAAGCUUGUAUCCAAGUUUGCUGUAGCUAUUCCCACUGGAUCAAGUGUCUGGUUUAACACUUCACUAAGUUACUUCUGUAAGAUUAUACGAGUCUAUGCUUUAAGGCCAGAAGUGCUAAUCGGUGGUAUAGUUCUACUGAUUAUUCUAUUGUACGUACAAGUUGUGGAUGUGUGGAGUAGAUCAUUCCUGGAUGGAAUUCAUUAUACUCUGGGGCGCACAACAUCUAAGGUGUCUAAGCUGCAAUUUUAUGUUAAUGACUCUGUGAAUAAUGGAGUGAAACUUAGUUGGGAGUUAAAACAAGAUUACAUUGCAGCAUAUGCUGUGCAAGGGCACAGAGCUCGGAUGGAAGAUCGCUUUGUAGUGAACGAGGAUAUGAACAACACUGGAGUUUCUUUGUUUGCAGUGUUCGAUGGCCAUGGUGGAGAGUUUGCAGCCAACUAUGCCCGAGAUAAACUUAUUCCUAACAUAAGCCAAAAAGUUCUUGAAUUAAAAAAUAUGUUGGCUGGCAAAGCAUGCAAAACUGAUUAUCAAGGCAAACCGAAUGAAGUAGAAAAAACAGAGGAUAUUGAUAAAAAAGAUGAAAAAUCGUUGGAGCGGAGAAAAUCCUUUCGAAAAACUGUGAGCACUUCUUUGACGGACGAUUAUAUGAAAGAAUCUAUUAAAUUAUCUGAUCCAGAACUGCUUGAUAAAUUGGAGAGCAUAUCACCGAUUACAAGAGAGGCUAGACCAUGCAGAAUGGAUGCAAAACAAAUGCCCAAAGUGGACAUGAUAAGCUAUAUUGAAGGAAACAAAAUAAAUUAUGCUAAACUUCUAACUGAUGAAAUUCUGACAGUCGACAAAUUAUUAGUGGAAGCUGCUAAGAAGAACAUGGAUGUGGCCGGCACAACUGCUUUGAUUGCUCUAUUGGAAGAUAAUAAGCUAAUCGUAGCAAAUGUUGGAGAUUCCAGAGGAAUCAUGUGUGAUGGGAAAGGCAAUGCUAUUCCUUUGUCUUUCGAUCACAAACCUCAACAAGAAAGAGAAAAGAGGAGAAUAAACAAAGCCGGUGGUUUGGUGACAUUUAACGGCGUGUGGAGAGUUGCCGGUAUAUUAGCCACUUCACGCGCUCUUGGGGAUUAUCCUUUGAAGGAUAAAAAACUAGUGAUUGCUGAUCCGGAUAUUCUAACGUUUGAUUUGGAUGAUCACAAACCUAUGUUCAUAAUAUUGGCAUCCGAUGGACUGUGGGACACGUUUUCCAACGAAGAAGCUGUAGCUUUCAUUAAAGAACGUAUAAAUGAGCCAUAUUUUGGCGCAAAAAGUAUUGCACUGCAAAGUUUUUACAGAGGAUCCGCAGAUAAUAUUACAGUCGUCGUGAUUAAUAUGAAGGACCGCAAAUACAAUGCAUCGGAGCCAAAAGUGGACAAAUGAUGAUCGCACAUAUUUUCUGUUUUAAUCUCACGUUUUCAAGAAGACCCAGUUACUAAACUAAUCUGACCCGCUGCUAUUCUAAUGAACUGGCAUCGUAUGUGUUUAUCUCGUGUUUAUAAUAUUUAUCUCGAUGUGAGAGAAUGAUUUUGAUAAUAGUUAAAAAUAAUAUUUAUGUAAUGUUAUUUAAAAUUAAUGCGGAAAAAUCUAGAUUUUUCAUGUAUUGUUUGUUAUGUUUAUGAGCAAAAUAAAGUAGUUUGAAAUACA